AUUAUGUUACAAUUUUAAGAACCAUAUAUCUGUAAAGGAACUUGCGAUCAGUCCUCUUAUCCUUAAUAUCAAGUUGAAAUGACCAAAGCCUAAGUUACACAUCUAGACUGGAAGUGUGAUGUCAGCAAAGGGUCAAAGAAGCUUGGCAGUCAGUAUCGGCCUCGGUUGAGGGAAGGUUGGUGGGCUCUGAUUCCGAACGGGAUUACUUUCUUAGGGGAGUGAAAGAGGCCAUUUACAUCAGGGCCCCUCAACUGCAAAGCACCUUUGACCCUUUGCUGACGUCACACUUUCGGUCUGGAUCAUUUCAACUUGAUAAGGAUCAGAGGACUGAUAGUAAGCUUAUUGGUAUUAAAGCGCUUUAUUUUGUGUAUGGAUAUAUGCUUCUUGAAAUUAUAACUUUCAUUCAUGACACAAUAAAAGGAAUCACCCUCGAUAUGCUCAUACUUUUGGCACCAACAGUUGAAGAAAGUCCAUCACAGUUACAGUUUUCAUUGUUUGAACAUUAACCAGCCUGGUAUGUUAACAUCGUGGUUACUCUGCACAUGGUGACAUUUGGAUCACCACAAGAUGGUUGAUUUAUUUUGCCUGCCGUCUCCAUUCUUUUAAAGUAAAAAACUUAGAACCAAGAAAUAAAAUCGAUGUAGCCUUAUGCGAUCUUGUGUAUGAAUCAAGAACGAUGUCAAACAAGUCUGAGUCAGUUCCAGGGUGGUAAAAUUAAAAAGUUAUUUCACACACAAUGUGGGCUUUCUUCUGGAUAUCUGCAUAGUGCUUUGAGGUAUUUAUAUCUGGGUUGAUUAGGAAAUUGGUUCGACAAUGGGGCCCUUAAGAAACGUGAAUGAUAGCUCCACAUUGUAAACCGAUAGAAAUAUGCAAGGGAACCAACCAGGUGUUUUUUCUAAUGGUAGCCAUCACAGCCUUUUAUAUUUCUGUUAAACAAUAGACCGCGUGCAACAGCUUUGUGUCAACCCGGCUACCCUUACUAAACAUACACACGUCAAAACACCGGUGAACGCUAAACAAUGCUAUAGUGAUGGUGCGUUAGUAGGUUGUCCAGUAUUAGCCUGGUAGCAGUUUGAGUUUACCAUCCCUGGGACCUCAAAGGAUGGUGAUUUAUACACUCCCAUGCUGUUUACGGCUUCCUUUGUGUAUCAAUGAUUACAGAAAUGACUUUAUGGCUCCCUAUAGUGUGGUAAAGAACUCGUUUGCAACAAACGGGAAAAGUUGUCAAAAGAGAAGGGUACAGCAAUGGGGACGGUUGGGGCGACGGCGUCUCUUUCCGCAACUGCGAUUUCUUUGCUGUUUCUAGCACUCGUGGCCGCUCAGGAUGUUGGCCCACCACCAGGCGACCUCGGCCCCCCGCCGAUCGGCCCGCCGCCCGUCGCUGAAGCCACCACGCCGCCACCCCUGCUGUAUGUCCCCACUCCUCCCACCUGCCACCCGAACGACACCUGCAGUGACAGGUGCGGCACCUGGAGCCCCGGAACCAUGUGUCAGUGUGACCCGAAGUGUCGGCUCUUCGACGACUGCUGUAAGGAUGUGGAUACAUUCUGUGGAGGUGCUGGGGCCACUGAUGACAUAGAGACCGCCAGCAGACCCGUCGUCAUGGCCGACUCGUGUACUUGGCGGUGUGGUGCAAAUAUCUUAUCAGGAGCGGCGGAGACUUUCUGUGACUGCACGGAAUCGUGUGUCGGGAACGGCUCUUGCUGCUCGGACCACUGCUCUGCUUCGGACGGGGACCCUCCAAGCGACACAGCCCGUGCAGUGCCUAACGACACGGCUCCCUACGAAUGUCUGUGGAACGGCGGGACGGACAGUUACGUCUGGAUGGUCGCCAGCUGCCCUGAGACGUGGACCGACAGCGUCACGCGCAAGGGAUGCCUGCGCGCCGAUGUGGACUACACGGACGUCAGCGACGUCAUCUUCUACAACCCGGUUAGCGACGUCACGUCCGACGUCGCCUACAGGAACGUCUACUGCGCCGUGUGUAAUGGCGGCCACAAUGUCACAUUCUGGACGCUAGGGAUAAGUGGUAACCUUGAGCUGGUCGGGUCAGAAGAGGCUAAGUUGAACGCCACUAUUGCAGCCAUCCAGUCCGGCCAGGGGCGCGCGUACUUCAGGCCUCCGGUAAAGACUAGAGAGUGCGUGCCCAGAAAAACUAACUACCAGAGUGACCAAGGAGGCAAUUGCUUUGCGGAGCUGUGUGCGGGGCACGCAGCGUAUGUCAGCGGGGAUACUGGAAUAUACAGAAACGUGUACUGUGCCCAAUGCGAAGGCGUGCAUUCCCAGGAGCUGGAAGUUCUGAGUUGCGGCAUGACGUCCUGCAGGUCGUGUGGGGGCGCUUCUCAGCUCCACCUCCUCUCCCUCACCAUUCUCUUCAACUUCAACCCGCUCAACACCGACUCCUCGAGCAAGUGUCCACCGGGGAGUACCUACGAUCUCCUCAGUCGCCAAUGUCGGCAAAUCAUCGCCGAGCCCACACAGGCGCCACCUGGCGAGAUCUGCGUGGACGGACAGACGCAGGUCGUCUCAGGCGGAGGCAUUUCGGCGGUAGGCAUAAGCAUAGAUAGCGAACCCUGCCAAGAGUUUAUCAGCCCGAACUUGACGGUAGACAACUGCACCGACUGUGAUAACCCAACCCCCGAGACUCAUCCCACCACAGAGGCACAUCACGCCGAGGACAACGUGACUGGUAUCCUGAACAUCGCUCUGACAGCGCUGUCGGCGGUGGGCGGGAUAGUUUACCUGGCGCUCUGCGUGGUGACCCGGGAGUAUCAUUCCAUCCCCGGUCGCCUGAAGAUGCAGCUCGUUAUCACACUUACUGCAGCCCAGUCGGUGUUUCUGGGCAGGGUGGUCGCACAGGUAUCAACAGCGUUCUGUUACUUCGUUGCCGUUCUAGGCCACUAUCUCUUCCUUGCUGCCUUCCUCACCAUGAGUGCUCUCGCUUUCGACCUCCACAACACCUUCUCUCGCGGCAUUUCCGAAAGCAGAUUCAACUCCUACCGCCUGUACAUUCUGUACACAUGGCUGCUACCAGCUGUUGUUGUUGGGGUGACCGCCUUCGUGGAUUUCUGCCCGUGUAUCACCACCGUCAGCGUUGGCUAUGGCGGGCAGGCUUGCUGGAUAGGUGAGCCGUAUGCUCUCCUGGCGGUCUUCGGUGGCCCUGUCGCACUGGUUCUGAUCACGAACGCGAUCUUCAUGGUCCUCACUGUGGUGGCUCUUCAGAAGGCAACCAAAGCGGUGUCCAAGAUACGGCGUGACAAGAGCCGCAGCCUCCUGUGGGUGUACGUCAGGAUCACUGUCCUGUUGGGCUUCACUUGGGGAUUGGGCUUUGCGGUAUCCUUUGUGCGUAGCCUGGUCUUAGAUUAUAUCUUCACAGUGCUGAGCGCUGCCCAGGCUUUUCUGGUGGCUCUGGCCUUUGUGCUGAAUCGUUCGAUGCUUCGCCGCUGCGAGGCCGCCUUCCGCAGGAAUAACUCCAAGAGUAAGAAUACUCACGCCACACAACUGGGGGGCGGGUCCCGGGUAUCCAGGCGCGAGUCUCCCUGGCGUGUAACUUCUGGUAGCGCCAAUUCAGGUUUCACAAGCUCCACCUCGACUUCGGACUGCCACCCCAACCCAUGGCCCAUGUCAAGCGACUCAGAGCAAACAAUUUUCGGGGGCGCAUCUGAAAUGGCGGUGUUCAAAUCCCACGAGAAAAAUUUCAUGUGAUUGGAAAAUUUCCCGUUUUUAGUCAUCUGCGAAUGUGUCCGAGUCGCAUGCGUUACACUAUCCCCUCUCCACUCAGCUUACGCCCAAAAAGAAAUGUAGGUGAGACUUUCUACCUGUGAGUGGCUUGGUUAGGUGAGGACUGACAUGCAAAUACUAGGCAAGUAACAGUUCACAUGUAUGCUUUCGACGGUGGACUUUUCAUUGGAAGUUGUCCAUGAAAUAGCAUUAGGAUUUGCUGUAAUAAGGUCAGCUACGUGCUAAGAGAGAGCAAUGAACCCAUACCCCAUAUGCAAAAUGACCUAGGCCAAUCUGCACUCUUCUAUGUGGACACAAGGAUGUCAAGUUAUUGCUUUUCUUAAGGUUUUGUUCGACCUCUGUGCAUGUUAAGUUUUCAUUCUGUCACCAACCAAGUGGUCCGAUUUUUGUUGUUGAAAUGAAAUGCAUGUUACCAUAGAGUUCUAAGAUGUAAUGUUGUUACAAUGAGUAUAAUUCAUCUCAUUCAGAUGUAAAGGAAUUUGUGAACCAUUGUCGGCCUGUGACACACUAUAAUUUUUUAGGUAUACCACUGUCUAUCAAAUUUGAUUUGAAUGUUUCCUUGUAUUUUGUCCAUUGUUACUGUCCCCGUGGCAAGCCCUUAGUGUUGUAACCUAGCUGUAUCUGGAAAAUAAGAGCACUACUGUCAAGA